AUGUCGAAUAUUAAAGAAAAAUUAAAAGAAGUUUCUGACAAAGUUCAAGGGAGACCUUUGAAUAAAGAAGAAACUAAUGAAGUUAUAAGGAGACCAAAUUAUGGGAUUAAAGGUCGUGAAACAGAAGUAUAUGCAAAUUAUUUUGAAGUAAAAAAGAUUGCAGAAAAACCAAGUCCUAAAAAACCAUUUCCGGACACUUUACGCGCCGUCUUCCAAAAAUUAGAAGAACAAGAACGUGAUGGAUGGUUUUCAGGAAUUGGCGUUGUUUAUGAUUGUACCUCAACACUUUACACAACUGAAUCAUUAAAUCUUGGAUCCGAAAAUAAAUUUGCUACUACAUUGGUUAUUUUGAAAGAAGAAGGCCAGGAUGGUGAAGAGCAAAAUAAUAAAUUCAAUGAAACUGAAUAUAUAGUUAAAGUUUGUAAACUUCAACGUGUCAAUCUCGAAGAUCUUGAAAAAAACUUCGCAGGAAAUAAUAUGGAUUGGAACUAUUUUGAUUUAGCCGGAAUAGACGGAAUUAAUGCAUUAAUUCACCAUAUUCCUUCAAUGAAAUAUGUACGAAUUGAUGAAUCGAUUUUUUUACCAUCUACUCGGAGAAGUUUAGGAGGUGGUGCAGAGAUAUGGAUGGGUUGGUUUGAGAGUUUUAGACCUGGACAAGUAUUUUAUGAACCGGGUAACCUGGUAGAAUUAAUUAAAAAGUUUUUAGGACUAAGGCCAACCGAAUUUCUUCCAUCCAGAUUGGACCAAAAUAGACAUGAAAGGAUAAAUAAAUUCAUAAAAAAUUUAAAAUUUAAUCUAACAUAUCGUAAUAAUAGGAUUAUGAAAAUUAAAGGAUUGAGCACUUUUAAAUCUUUUGAAGUUAAAUUUGAUUCCGAAGAAUUUGGUAAACAAAUAGACGUUCAAAAAUAUUAUUAUCUCAAAUAUAAAAAAAAUUUGGAAUAUUCGUAUCUUGUAGAAAUUAAAGGUCAUGAUACCAUUAAAGUUCCUAUUGAAGGUCAAAGAUUUAAAACUUCAAACUUAAGUGGUGAACAGAGAAAAACAAUGAUUAAAUAUACGGCAUUAUGUCCUAGAGAUAAUAUCAAAAGUUUGAAAGAAGGAAUAAAUAAUGUUUUAGAAUUUAAAAAUGAUGAAAAAUUAAAAGAAUUUGGCACUGUCGUUGAUACAGAAAUGACAAUUGCUCCAGCUCGUGUUUUGUCACCACCUAGUGUUUUGUAUCAUCCUAAUUCCAAAGCUGGCAAGUCUUUUGUUGCAGAUAAAGGUGUUUGGAAUCUUCGAAAUCGGAAAUAUAUUAAAAGUGGGACUCCCCUUAAUUAUUGGAUUGUGAUUGUAUUUUCUCGAUUUUCGCACAAUAUGCUUUAUUCUCUUAAAGGUCUCAUCAAAGAAUUUGUUAGAAUUAGUAGAGCUCAAGGGAUGGAAAUCUAUCAAGACAACCCCAGAAUUGAAUUCUGUAGAGAUGAGGUUGUAUCAGAAAUUAUUGAAGAAGAAAUUAAAAAACAAUAUCGCAAUGCCAAUAAAAUGUUAAAAAAUGAUAUACAAUUUAUGUUUAUCGUUCUUCCUGAUGAAGAUGAAAAACGGUAUCAUGCUGUUAAAAACACCGUUGACACUAUUCUUGGAAUACCGUCUCAAUGUGUACAAUAUGAUAAAAUAAAAAAAUCGUCACAGCAAUAUUUUGCUAAUGUUUCAUCAAAGGUCAAUAUAAGACUUGGAGGUAUCAAUCAAUCCAUUGAUGGAAUUAAUGUACCCUUUUGGAAAAACGAUCACGUCCUAUUACUCGGAGCAGAUGUUACGCAUUUUACUGGACAAGCAGGACCUACGGUCAUGCCCUCAAUUUGUGCUGUUGUUGGUUCUCUUGAUAAACAAGGUGGACAGUAUUUUCCCAUGAUAGAAAGUCAAAAAGUAGGACAAGAAAAAAUCGAAAACAUUAGUGGAAUGGUUUAUCGAAUCUUGUCAGUUUAUCAUGAAAAAAAUGGAGCCCUGCCUGAUCGUAUAAUCAUGUAUCGUGAUGGUGUAUCCGAAAGUCAAUUCAAGAUGGUUUUAGAGUAUGAACUCAAAAAGAUCAAGGAGGCUUGUAUAAAAUUAAGCGGGUCAUAUAAACCAAAAAUCACAUUUAUAACAAUAGGCAAAAGACAUCAGACAAGACUUUAUCCAAAGGAACAAAUUGAUACUGAUAGUGCUACAAGAUCUGUCUCAAUACCACCGCCUACUUAUUAUGCACAUUUAGCUGCUAAAAGAGCAAGUCCUGACGGAUAUGAGAAACAAUUUAGAUUACAUUGUCCAAGAUUUAAUUUUUUGAUUGUUUACAAAAUGACAGAGAAACGUAAAAAUGACCAAUACACUUAUAUUGUCGAGGAAAGUUUAACUGAAAAUCAAGGUGCAUCUGAUUAA